AAAAAUAUUCUUUUUUCACCUUUUUCUUUUCUUUUUUAUUAUUUUAUUGUUAUUUGUAAAUAGAUUUGCAUAAAAUGACAGUUUGUAUACCAACAAAAGAUGGAAUCCCAUAUGUCCAAUGGAUUAAUACAUUGUUUGGUGAUUGUGUCUAUGGAAAUCAAGAUGCGGUCAGUUUACUUUUAGGAUAUAUUUCAAUAUGCUUUUGGUUAAAUGCACAAUUACCCCAAGUCAUUGAAAAUUACAAGAUGGGCUCAGCUGAUUGUCUAAGUCUUAAUUUUCUAUCCAUUUGGUUAGCUGGUGAUACAGCUAAUCUGAUAGGAACCAUCCUUACAGAUCAGUUACCAUUUCAGUUUUACUUGGGCAUCUAUUUUGUAUCAAUUGAUAUAUGUUUAUUAUGUCAAUGGAUUUAUUAUAAUAAAUACAAGAAAAGACAAGAUGAAUAUGUUAUUAUACCUCAAGAAGAUGUCAUCACAAAGCACCCUUCAAAUUCAUUAUUUCAACAUCCUGCAAUACAUUCCCCAGUAAAUAUACCAGUCAUUAUGAAUGAUGAAACUACCCCAUUCUCUUCUUCUGCUUCACCUUCAAAAUGGUACACUCUUUCUCUAAAAGAUCAACAAAAGCUCAUGUCUGUUUUGUUCUUUUUCACUUUAAACAUCACUUCACCCACGCAAACAACAACACAAACGAUAAUAGAAAAUAACUUUGUUUGGAUCGGCAGAAUCUCAGCUUGGACAUGUACCACUCUCUAUUUACUAUCAAGGAUACCACAGAUACUAAAGAACCGCCGACGACAAUCCAUCGAAGGACUAUCGAUAUCUCUCUUUGUCUGUGCAGCCUGCGCCAAUUUGACUUAUUCCCUCAGUAUACUCACUCACCCUGGUCAUACCAUAGAAUCACUUUUAGAAGCCUUACCUUAUUUAAUCGGCAGUUGCGGUACCCUCAUCUUUGACUUCUUCAUCUUUUGUCAAUUUCUGUAUUAUACACAUUAUAAUAAACCAACCGUGAAUCAUGUCGUCUGAUAGUGCACAUAGACACACAUACACACGAAAAACCUGGUUCACCGAUACCCUUUCUCUAGAUACCGGAGCAAUCAGCCGAUCAUGUCACAUAUCUUGCACUAACACACAAGAUUCUUACCAUUUACGUGUUAACUCCCUAUUUGUCUUAUCAAAGGGAGAAAAAAGAUAGAUAAAGGGUAAAUACGUAUGUUAUCGACGUCACUACAGGCUGAUAAUAUCCUAUGACUUUGAUUUCUGCUAUCUUUUUUUUUUGGUAUUAUAUCAAUAUACACAAUGGUUAUAGAUAGGACAAAAGUCCCUGUUUUAGAAAACAAGGAAAAGUUGACGUCAAAUAAGUGCUUGAUAAAUAAUAUUGGAAGGGGGAAUGCUUUUCUAUUUACAAAACACAUUUUCGUUAUUCUUUAUGCUUUGUGUUUAGAAUAAGGGUAAAGCCACUUAUGUCCGCUGGCCCCAGUUU